CGUGACUACGGCACAUUGCAAGUCCAAAAAGCAAGGAGCAGUUGAGGGGGUUGGAUAUAUGCAACAUCGACGCCACGUCUGGACAGUUAUACACUAACACUGGACUACCGUGUUUGAUUUAUCAUGAGAGUCGUCAUAGGAGGUGGAUCUGGUUUUGUGGGUCGUGAAUUGACUCGCCUACUCCGAGACAAAGGUCAUGAAGUCACGGUGAUCUCCCGCAACCCCGGUCCCGGGAGGAUAACAUGGGGUGAGUUGGAGUCCUCUGGCCUUCCGCCGUGUGAGGGUGCCGUCAAUUUAGCAGGAGAAAACGUCAUGAACCCGCUGCGAUGGUGGAACGAAAGCUAUAAGAAGGAUUUGUUUUCCAGUCGCAUCGACAGCACAAAAGCUCUGGCUGACGCUAUCGCGGCGUCCCCCAGUCCUCCCCACUCGUGGGUCCUGGUGUCAGGCGUUGCGUGCUAUAAGCCCAGCCAGACAGCCGAAUACACUGAGGACAGUGAGUGGACACCGUUCGAUUUCCUCUCCAGACUGGUGAAAGAGUGGGAAGCAGCUGCACUGCUUCCAGAAAGUGUGACAAAGACCACUAAGCAAGUGGUCGUCAGGCCUGGGGCAGUGUUGGGCCGUGAUGGCGGCGCCAUGAAGCAGAUGUUGCUCCCCUUCUGGUUGGGCCUGGGCGGCACCCUGGGCUCUGGUCAACAGCCUUUCCCUUGGAUCCAUGUGUCGGACCUGGCUGGCAUCAUCGCCCACUCCCUGGUGCCACCCUCCGAUGUGACGCCGUUAUCGGAGGCCUCCUCUUCUGGUGCACCACCCUCGUCCCCCCAGGUCCUCAAUGGGGUGGCACCCGCUCUUAACACCAACUACGAGUUUACCAAGGAGCUUGGGCGGCUGCUUCGUCGCCCCACCAUAUUCCCCGUGCCCGCCUUCGUGCUUAACACCCUGAUGGGCUCAGAAAGAGCCGUUAUAUUGGCUCAGGGCCAGAAGGUGGUACCCAGGAGGACUUUGGAGACUGGGUUUCAGUACAAGUACCCAGAUUUAACAUCAGCCCUCAAAGAAAUUGUUGCCAGUUAAUUAAAAAAAAUUGCACUAUGAAGAAAACCUCAAAUCCACUAACUGAGGGCAGUGUAUAACUGUUAAAAACAACUCUGGUUGUUCAUGUACUGUAAGAAAUAUGAUGAUUCUAACUUCCUUAACACAUUUAGCUCCACUGAUGGAUAAAGUGAAUUUUGCACCACGAUCAUACUGCAUAAAAGGAAAAAAAAAUAUUGAAGAGCUGUAUUUUUAUUACAGGGUCGUAAGCAAUUAAUGCUACCUUCCUUAGCAUCAGUCAUAGUGAGAGAAUGCUAGCUUCCUUAGCGUGAACUAUGAAUUGGUAUUUUCAUGCUAAUGUUCUGAGCAUGUAUUGUAAACUUGUUAAUGCUAACUUGCAUAGCAAAGGUUGUUGGGUGCACAAUAGAUUACUGUAUUACCCCAAAUGUUGGCAUUUCUCCCUCAAUGCUAAGUUAAUGCUAACUUCCAUAGCAUGAGUCGCAAAUUAGCAGUUUAAUUUCGUUAGCAUUGAAUAUAAGGGGGCACCAUCUCACCCCCAUUCACAGACACAAAAGAAAAGCUGUUGUUACUCUUAUUUGGAAGAACAUGGUAAUGCAAACUUCCUGCGCUUACAUUUUAGGUUAGCAGUUUACGGCAUUUUUCUUAGCAUAAGUUGUGGGGACAUCUUGCCAUUUUUUUCCCCAUUCCUUGACUAAGAUGUGUAAACGUGAUUAAUGCUUUUUUUUUU